CUCAGAGCCCUCUGGGUCCUGAUACAGUCUGUCAGCAAGAUGCCAGGCAAACCUGCUCCCAUCAAGAAAUCAGCAGCCAAGAAAGCUGCAGAGAAGGCAUCUGAGCCGGCUCCGGAGCCCGAGCCCACCCCCGUAGAGCCUCCACCAGCUGAGGCUCCAUCUUCUGAGACCACAGCUGAAGCCGCUCCAGUGGCUGAGGAGGAAACACCUCCAGCUGCCCCAGCAGAGGAAACCCCUGCGGAUCAGGAAAGUGCUCCAGCUACAGCUCCUGCCUUUGAAGACAGCGCGGUCACUCCAGCAACAGAAGCUCCAGCAGACGCUGCUCCAGCUGUGGUCGAGGAGCCACCCAAGGCCCCCACACCUCCACCUCCUGCAGUCCCCACCAGUGCCCCUCUGGAUGUCUCCGUGCAUGAUGUCAAUGACUCCAGCCUCACCAUUAAGUGGCAAGCACCCGAGACUAUUGGAGACUCUGGCCUGAAUGGUUACACUGUGGAAUACUGCAAAGAUGGAACAACAGACUGGGUUGUGGCAAACGAGGAGCUGACCCAAGCUGACCACUUCUGCAUCAAGAACCUGACAAUUGGAGACCUGCUUCAUGUUCGCGUGGUGGCCGUAAACCCUGGUGGCCGCAGUGAGCCUGGGACGCUUCCACAGGCCGUCCCCAUUCGAGAGGUUAUCGACCGCCCAAAGAUCCGCCUGCCUCGAGCUCUUAGAUCCCGCUAUGUGAAGAAGGUCGGCGAGCAGAUCAACCUUGUCAUCCCAUUUAUUGGAAAGCCCAAGCCUGUGGUUUCCUGGUUGAAGGAUGGUCAGCCUUUGGACACAAAAAGAGUGAACAUCAGGAACAGUGACCGUGACAGCAUCCUGUUCAUUCGCGGCGCUCAGAGGGAGGACUCUGGGGUUUAUGAGAUGUCUUUGAAAGUGGAUAGCUUUGAGGACAAAGCUCCCAUCACCCUGCAGAUCGUCGACCUGCCUGGCCCUCCAACCAGUGUGAAACUGGUGGACUCCUGGGGCUUCAACGCUGCUUUGGAGUGGACUCCUCCCAAGGACAACGGCAACACAGACAUCACUGGAUAUACUGUUCAGAAAGCCGACAGGAAGACUGGGGAUUGGUUCACUGUGCUGGAACACUACCACAGGCUAACCGCCACCAUCACGGACCUCGUCAUGGGCAACUCGUACUGCUUCAGAGUUUUUGCUGAGAACCAAGUGGGCAUCAGUGAGCAGAGCGCUGUCACCAAAGAGGUUGCUACAAUUCAGAAAACAGGAAUCCACUACAAACCUCCUGAGUACCAGGAACGCGACUUCUCUGAGGCUCCCAAGUUCACCACCCCUCUUCUGGACCGAGCUGCCACCGUGGGAUAUACCACCAAGCUGCUGUGCUCUGUUCGGGGAAGCCCAAAGCCAAAGAUUGAGUGGUUGAAGAAUCAGAUGGUCAUCGGUGAUGACCCUAAGUUUCGUCAAAUAUCCAACCAGGGCAUCUGCUCCCUGGAGAUCAGGAAGCCAUGCAGCUUCGAUGGUGGUGUGUACACCUGCCGAGCAAAGAACGAGCAGGGAGAGGCCACUGUUUCCUGCAAACUAGAAGUCAAACAAGUUGUUAUUCCAGAAGUUAAUAAAGAAAAGGGCAAAUAAAUCAAUGUUGGAAUUUCCAGAGUGCAUUUAAAGAACCACCACAAGUCUGAAUCGUAUGCUUUAAGUGCGCACAAAUAUGGGAGAAGAUGCUUCGACUGGCUGUGCAGAAGAGUGUACAUAAUGAAGAAAGGGACAGCAUAACCCAACAAAAUACUCAUCUAUUUCUCCAUCCAAAGAUUCUUAGAAACAGUUUAUGCUUUGUGAGAAGUUAGACACAUACAUGUGUGACUGUAAGAAGAAGAAGAGUGGUUUAUGUUUCAUUUCACAAUUCAUACUGGAUGUAGCCCAAGUCCAGAGCUUCAGCAGCAGCUCAGGUGACAUAAGCAUCUCAGAUGACGGAAAUGGUUAAUUUUUUUGAGUGGACUGAAUUGGUGGACGACCACAUGUUAAAGUUAAAAUCCCACUCCCAUCAUCUUUUGAUCAAUUCUAAGAACGUUCCCAGUGGUCUUUUAAAUAUUAAAAUGCUGCGUUUAGGCACAUUUUUAUGACAUUUUCUAGGACAUAGUUUCUUCAGAGCGACAGGAGUUUAUUAGAAAUUCACCUCUAAGUUGCAGGUGGAACUGUUGGUGCCUAGUAAACCUGCCUCUACUUCCCGUCAUCCAUCUGUUUACACUCUCUCCUGCUAGCUUACAGCCCCUCACAACCCUAAGCAAAAGCUUACAUUAGCGGUGCAACAAAAAUGGCGAGCGAUAUUAAAGGUAUCUGAAGCUAAAGCUUUGAGCCAGAUACCAGCUCAGAUGAGGAAAACAAAGACAUUCAUGGAUCUAUGGAUGCAUCAGAAUAAAGCGGAGCAGGGAGAUUAUGGCCUGGCGAUUGUAAAUUCUACGUCACACCUAAGAUUUUUGGCAUCUGCUCUUAAUUCUUAAUAAUUUGAAUAAAGAAAUACCCAGAAAUCCAACUUUAAGCUAAAUCUUUUCUAUAUAUGUCCACCAUUAUCAGAAAAAUGUCACAAGAACAUUUAAAAAACACCAAAAACAACUAUAAACUUAAGGAAGACAAUGUUUUUUUACGUCUUUAGAUGAAAUGUAAGAGAAUGGAAGAAAGAUAACGAAUGUAGUUUUCAGUCAGAUCUAGGUCACAUAUUGCUAUUUAGAUCUUCUGUGUUCAGCAUGCACAUCCAUACACUGAUUUGCUUUCAGUCACACUGAAGUUCUAACAUGAUGGGAAGUUUUGAAGUGAAAUGUCAGAGAAGCAGCCAGAACAUCAUGUUUGAGGCCACAAGACAGCAACAUCAUCACAAGGUGUCUUCUCACGGAGUACGAAGCUGCAUUUACUCUUCCACUAUUUUCAUUAUGUACAAACAAAACCAAGUCCUGCCCAUCCCACCUGAAUGAUACGCUAUGCCGGUUGAAACCUUUGAUCUACUGCUAAAUUUAGCACCUUUAUUUUCAGUUUCUAUUUGCUUUUUAUUGUAGUAUAAAUAAAUAUGCACUUCAAAAUAAAACCCAAAACAACAUACAAGGUGAUUCUUUGUGAUUUAUUUGUUUUCUCAUCUUUACGAUUUUUGGUUGUUCAGAUUAUUUUCCAUAAAUAUUCUAAAAGUGUUAUUUUUUCUUAUUAUGUGAAUCUCUGAAGAUCUUUAUUUUAAACUAACACAAUUUGAUCAUCUGAACUUGUGUUGUUCAGACUGAAGAUCCAACAUUGACCUUCAUUACCAAAACUGCUGUCAGAAGUCAGAGCUCUGUCUCCCCCUCUGGUCACCGGUGGGAACAGUCUCCAGAGCUCUGAAUGUACUUCAUCUCCCAGCAACCCCACAGGUUCUGAAUGCCACACACCUGACUUUCAUUUGCAAUCACCCACAGUACACUUAAGCACUGCACUGAGCCUCACUCAGUGAAAAGUUUUUGUUUUUUUUGUGGUACUCUGUCUCUAUUACCGAGUGGCAUAGCUGGAUAUGAUCGUCUGAUUUCUUGACUGUGUUUUGUCUCUGACUCUGUUUGGCUGCUGGCUGCCCCAAAUCUGGCCUGGAACCAGACUACUCUGGUUUCCUUUCUGAUGCUCCCCUCCCCAUUAGUGACCCAUGGCUGCCUGACCCUGAUUUAGCUUUGUGAAGUUUUAGCAGUGCUAAUAAAACCUGCUGCAAUUGC